GCAGUAAGCAUUGAUAAUAAUAUAAGUAUGAAUAAUUUGAAUAGUAAUUCUGAAAGUAAUUUUGAAAUUAAGACUGAUAAUAUUAUGCCUUCUGAAAAGUUGAACAAUAUUAUUAAACAUUUAGAAAGAGAAAUUAAAAGUAAUAAGCAUAAUAAGUCUUUUCUUCAUGCAAACAAAUGGAAUGUUAAUUUAGAUGAACUGGCAAACCAUGUUAAUAAGAAAGUACUUUCAAGCCUUUGCUAUAAUCUAUUAUCAACAAUAAGCAUAAGAACAGCAAGAAAAUGGUUAAGAGAAUUUAGUUUUGAAUACUCAGAG